AUGGUAUUUGAUAUUUAUUUUCAUAAAAAUGAUUCGGUUAAACAUGAUGGCAAUCAAAAUAGUAAUGCAAUUAAUGAUGCAUGGAAGAGAUUACAAAAUAACAUUGUACUAUAUAUGAACCAAAGAAAAAAAUCGCUAAUCGCCACAUUUAGGUUUCCCAAGUUAAGGCUACCGAAACUGGAUCCGGCUCCGUAUCAAUGGAAAAUGACUACAACGCAUAAUUACACUCCCAGGUGUGCAGGUAUUCCAAAAAAUUUGGUUGCUUGGAUGUGUUCACUACGGUGCUCAAGUCAUUACGCUAAAAAAUCGUCGUGUGAAAAUCAAUCAAUGAACAUGAAUGUGGAAGGAGAAUGUAAACUAGGUAGUUGCUUUGAAAACAACCAAAAAAGUUAUUCAGAGGUAUAUAAUAAACCAAAGAAAAAGAUUAAAUGUAAAAAUAAAGGAAAGAGUCGAAACAAAAUUGACAAUGUAAUUUGUAUGCCAUGUCAAGAAAAUGAAAGAUUGCUACAAGAACCAUAUGAAGCUGAUAACCGUAUUACAGAUCAUGAUGAAAUUGACGAUUUGGAACAAAUACUCUACUAUCCAGAAGGAAAUUCUUCAGUUCAGAAAUGUAAAAACAGACGAAUAACUUUUCAUACAUGUCCUAAAUACAACAAAACCAAAGAUACCUCAAGUGAUCAUAACUAUGAUGUCAUCGGACAAAAUCAAGAAAUUACUAAUCUUGAGGACAAGGAGCAAUAUGAAGAAACAGAGUAUGACGAAAAUGAAGUAGAAGAUGAUAAAAAUAAUGUUUAUGAAAAUAUGAAGAACAAGGAUUACAAAACUGCAAAUAUUCCAAAUGUAUGUAGCAAUUGUGGAAAAAUUAAAAGUAAUUUCUGCACUAAAGAAAAUUGUGAGACUAUAAAUGAUGACAAUAACGAAGGAAAUGAGAGUUAUUCUGAUAGCAAUAAAACCGAUCAAAAAUGUUAUAGAUGUGGAAUUAAAGAAAGAGUACGAAAUGAGAUUCGUACAAAAACUCAAUAUAAUAGACCAGUUUCUGGAUAUUACGACAAAAGAGAUGGACAAAAAAAGAAUACUACACGAACGAUUUGCUGUUAUUGUUCGAAUAUCAAGCAACCUAAGGAUGAUAAUAUGUCAACUCAACGAAAAAAUUAUUGCAGAAAAUGUUUAUACAAAGAUCUAACUCAGGAAAAUCGAGAAGGAGUGGGAAGAAGCACUGGAAUUGAUCAAAGAUUUAUUGAGUAUCAUGAGAAGGGACAACCACAUGUCUACAAAAACACAGAUAGCCAAAUUGAUAGAAAUAGAAUCAGUUCCACCUCGUGCUCGUGCCAACAAACAUAUGUAAAAAAUCAAAAUUAUCAUAUCUGUGAUUAUUGCAAUAUUGAAGAGAGCAAACAGAGUCAUUAUGAACCGCUUCCUUGUCCAAAACUUUUUGAAAAUUUCGUGGUUAAUGAAAAUCGACCAAGCCCGUACGGAAAAAGAAAUAAAAAUAAUGACCAUAAGUGUAUGUGUCAAGAGACGUGUGUCAAUUUGGAGCAAUUUGAUACCGAGAAUAAUGAAUGUUUGAGAAAAUCCUCCCCUGAAUCCUAUAAACGACCAAGUCGAAAAAAUGGAAAUUUUAUUUGUAAUGUCAAUAAUGUUAGAAACAGUAAAUCGAACAAAAAUAAGAUGGAACCUAAAAAACAAGUAUGUUCAAGCUACCAGAGAACAAAUAAAGUAGGAAAUGACCACCAACCUCAUUAUUAUAGGGGUAACUAUCUAUUUUUUAACAACGAAAGAGAUACUGAUUCUCGAAAAAAAAAUGUUGCAUCUUCAUGUGAAUGUAUAAUUUGCAAGCAACAGUCAAUUCUUCUGACUACUUUCGAUCCAAAUAAUAAAAAAUGGUGCUCAAAAACAUUUACGAGUCAUGUAUCAGAUGCCGCCAACGAUAAUGUAGAUAAGGAUGAAUCUGAAAUUUGUGGAUGUUUGUACUUAAAAAAUAUAAAUAGUUACAAAAGACAAAAUGCAAAUAAGAUUCCAAUAAAAUUAUGUUUCUGUCAAGAAAAUAGAGAUGAAGCUGACUAUAUGAAUGAAGGUUAUGAACAAAUUGAUAAUGUUAAUGUGGAUAUAAAUCAUAAAGAUGGACUUAAAAUUGAGUCAGAAUUAGGUUCUUACGAUUAUGUUACUUCGGUUGAGUAUAGUUGUACACCUGAAGAAAAUGAAAGUGAACUACCUCCCCAACAAAAUAAUAUUACAAUUUCGAAACAGUCCGUAAAUCAAAAUAAAUCGAAGUCUUCGACAAAAGAUAAUAUUUCUGAUCCCCAACAAAAAGAGAGUGCAGCAAGUAAGAAACAAACCUGUAAUUGUUCUAAUAUGAAUUUCAAUGUAUGUUUGGAUAGUAAUUUUAUUUCCAAGAAAAAUAUAGAUGAACCUCAACAAAUAGAUAGUACCCAACUACCCAGUGAGUAUUUUAAUGCAAAUAUGGAUGAUAACGCUGAAGAUAAUAUUUCACGGAAGAGUGUUGCCUCUAGGAAAACUAGCAUAUAUGAACCCCAACAAAUAGAGAGUACCAUAAGCCAAAAACGCACCAGUGAUGAUUUCAAUGCAAAUGUGGAUGAUGAAGCUGAAGAUAAUAUUUCACGGAAGAGUGUUGCCUCUAGGAAAACUAGCAUAUAUGAACCUCAACAAAUAGAGAGUACCAUAAGCCAAAAGAGAACCAGUGAUUAUUUCAAAGCAAAUAUGGAUGAUAACGCUGAAGGUAAUAUUUCACGGAAGAGUACAGCCUCGAAGAGAACUAGUAUAUAUGAACCUCAACAAAUAAAGAGUAGCAUAAGCCAAAAGCGAACUAGUGGUUAUUUCAAUGCAAAUAUGGAUAAUAAUGCUGAAGAUAAUAUUUCACGGAAGAAUGUUGCCUCUAGGAAAACUAGCAUAUAUGAACCUCAACAAAUAGAGAGUACCAUAAGCCAAAAGCGAACAAGUGGUUAUUUCAAUGAAAAUAUGGAUAAUAAUGCUGAAGAUAAUAUUUCACGGAAGAGUGUUGCCUCUAGGAAAACUAGCAUAUAUGAACCUCAACCAAUAGAGAGUACCAUAAGCCAAAAGAGAACCAGUGAUUAUUUCAAAGCAAAUAUGGAUGAUAACGCUGAAGGUAAUAUUUCACGGAAGAGUACAGCCUCGAAGAGAACUAGUAUAUAUGAACCUCAACAAAUAAAGAGUAGCAUAAGCCAAAAGCGAACUAGUGGUUAUUUCAAUGCAAAUAUGGAUAAUAAUGCUGAAGAUAAUAUUUCACGGAAGAAUGUUGCCUCUAGGAAAACUAGCAUAUAUGAACCUCAACAAAUAGAGAGCACCAUAAGCCAAAAGCGAACCAGUGGUUAUUUCAAUGCAAAUAUGGAUAACAAUGCUGAAAAUAAUGUUUCACGGAAGAGUGUAACCUCGAAGAAAGAUAGUAUAUAUGAACCUCAACCAAGGAGCAGUACAAUACCGAAGCAACAAACUAGUGAGUAUAUGAAUACAUAUGUAGAUAGUUCUAUUGACGAUAAAAUUUUGCACACAGUAUCUGCAAAGAGAAACUCGGCAUGGGAUGAAAAUAUUGCCACUGAUUAUAAUAACGUGAGCAGAACUUCUAAUCUAGAUAAUAACUUGACACCGUUUGUGAUAAGUGAAUUCCCAGAUGAUAAUACAGAUUUGAUGAAAAAUAUUUCCAAAUCAAAUCUAAAUCAAAUUGUUGAUACAACAACAAACGUCAACGAUACUGAUUGUACAUGCCCCUACAUCGAAAAAAUUACGGUCAAACUAACAAAUGACGAAAAUAAUUUACCUAGUAUUCCCAAACCCGUUCCUCAAUCUAAUGAGAAUAAUUCGACUGUAAACGAGGCAGUUCAGGAAAAGGAACGUGAAGCUUCAAUUAUUUCCAAAAAUUUCAGCUUGUAUCGAAGUGGCUCUAAUAUAGUACCAAAUAAAUCAAACCCUAGUCAAAAUUCACAAACACAAGGUAAUGUAAGCAAAAAUGGAAAUUUUGAACAAUUGUCACCUCAAAGUGAAAAUGAACUAAUGCUUGAUACACAUGAGGAGCAAUCAGUUCAAAAUCAGAGCAAUCUCUCUAAUAAAAGUAAAGCUCAAUCAGUUCCUAAUUCUCGUGAGGAUCAAUCAAGUCGUAGUCACCCAUUAAAACAACCUAAGCGCCAAUCAAAACAAAGUAUAUUUGAAUCAUCAGCUGAUAAAAAUCAAAAGUUAGUGAAUGACAAUUUCAAUACCAAUGUAGCUAUUAAAAAGACCAGUAACUCCAAAUUGUCAAAAUGUAGAAUUAAGAGGAUACCAAAAUCAAAUAAAAGUCAAAUAGGUAAAAUCCAACAGGGAUCUUCUCAUUUAAUAUGUAAAUGUAUAGGUAAUCAACAAUCAAAUAAACGAAACAUUAAAGAGUUCACAAGCUAUAAAGAAGAGGAUUAUUGCUCAUGCACGCCCAAUGCAACAAGGAGGAAAAGUAGUAAAAACUCCAAUCCCAUAGAAACUAGAAUAUGUGAAUGCUCAGAUACUUCUACACAGUUAAAGAAAAAUAAAGUUCCCAGAACCAGUAGAAAAUAUUCAUACAAUAAACCAAGUUCUGAAAAAAAGAUCAUUGCAGAAAAGGCUCAAAUUCCUUUAUUAAGUGAUAACCCAAUGGAAAUUACCGAAUCUUGGCCAGAAGAUAGUGCGGUUUUUUAUAGUAAACAAGAUCUGAACGAAAUAGACAAUAAAAAUAAUGAAUUUGAUACUUCUAUAAUUCUUAAUGUACCUAUCGUUAAUGCAGAAAAGAAAAAUGAAGAAAACAUGAAAAAUUAUGCAAGAGGCCAAAGUUAUGACGGAAGUCAAAGAUCAAGAAGAUCAGUAGAAUUCGUAUGCCCUCCAUCACAUGUAAAAAGUGACCAAGAUUGCGACAUAAAUGAAUUAACAGAGCUGGGAAGCAAACUAAAACAAAGACGACCAACAGGUUAUGCUCCACAUGAAAUGAUUGAAAACACUUAUAGUAUUCUAGAACUAAAAAAAGAUGACAGCCAAAGUAAAGCUCAAGUUCUUACAAGAAUAGAAGAAAAAGAAGACAAAGAGAAUGGUUCUAAUCCCGUUGGUGUGAAUAAAAUUGAAGAUCAAAUGAGCACUAACAAAUGUUCCUGUCGAGAUAAAUUCCAAACAAAGGAAUGUUAUGACUACGGUAAUCUGAAAGGAAAAAAACAAGAGCUACCAAUUAAAGAAUAUAUUUGCAAGAAUAUGUGUAGAGAUGAUUACGAAAAUGAAGUUAUAAAUGGAGUUAUCGAUGAAGAUCGUCCUUGUCCUAUUAGUGAGUACAAUAUCUAUGAAAGUAUGAUUAAAAAUGCAUCAAAUGUAGAUCAAACUCAAAAGUUAUGUGACUACGGUAAUUUGAAAACUACUAAAAUUGAAUAUGAAGUUCAGCAAUAUAUAUGUAAAGAUAUGUGUAAAGAGAAUGAAAACGGAGAUGAUGAGAUUCAUGUAGGUGAUGUACCUUGUCGCAUAAGCGAAUGUAACUUACAUGAAAAUUUAAGUGAAAAAAUUAGUGGAAAAUGCUUGUGUCAAAAUAAACUUGUCGAAAUAGAAUGUUACGACUAUGGUAAUCUAAAAGAAAAACUACAUAAAUCGCAAGUUGAACCAUACGUUUGUGAUGAUAUAUCCCAACAAAAGGGAGAAGAAAAACAUAUUGCGGAUUCUGGAGGUAAUGAUCCACGUUAUAAUAGUGAAUUUAAUACCUAUGAGAGUAUGAAUAAAAGUGAAUCUGAUCGAAAUAAACUACAAAAGGAUUACUCUCACGAUUACGGUGAUGCUGAAUAUUGCUCUUGUCGAAUAGAAAACACUGAAUUUAAUGACAAAGCAUUAAAUCAACCUUAUGAAUACAAGAAUAUAGCAGAAAAUCUACAAGUCAAGAAUGAUUUUACCAUAGUUAGCAAAUCUUCAGCUCAUGAACAAAUAGAAGAAGUUGGAAAUAUUAAAUGUCUCGAAAAAAGUAAUGACUGUCCUUGUAAAAAUAUUGAAGAAUUUAAUAGUGCUAAUAAUCAGAAUAGCAAUCCCAACAACUAUCAAUCCAAUUAUGAUGCGAACACGUCAGAUAACGAAGAAAAAGAUACCAAUAAUGAAACAACUGAAAGUGAAAUGAAAAAUUUGAGCAAUAUUUUUCAAAACAACCUUGAAGUCAUCGACAGAGUUGAGUUCAAAAAUCUUGAAAAAACUAGAACCACUGUAGCGAAUGAUGUAGAGCAGAAAAAUGAAAAAUCUGUACUGGAUGUCUGCCUUUGUAAUGAUAUUUUUAGAAAAAAUGUGAAUAUAUUUGGUGAUAAUGCUGAAAAACAAUUCUAUAACAACGAUGACUGGGUCGCUUUGGAAAAGGCACAUAACCAAAAUGAUUCAUUUUAUCGUGAAGAAGCACAAUCUAAAGAAAAGGCCGCUUUGGAAAAAGAAAGCAGGCCAGUUAAUAAAGAUGCUAUCGAAUUAAGUUUGUUGGAAAAUAUGGAAACUGUCUCAUCUAAAAGUGAUAUUUUAUUUCCAAAUUGA